UAGCUAACGUUAACUAGCUAACUUUGCAACCGCUAUUUUCGCAACCAAAUAAACUGGAAAAUUGACACACUUCAUACCAGUUUUGGGGAAUCUGCAACGAGUGACUUAUAGGAGUCGCUAUGAUAUGUCUGAGGUCCAUUGCAAGGAAAUUAAAGUGAGAGAGGAUGGGCAACAGCCACUCAGAGCAGGAGCAACAGCCCGAGAAAAGCCUCGGGAGGGGCGACAUUGAGAAGGGAAAACCGAAAGAGACAGAAAAGACCAACACCAAGGUUUCCACCCCUUUCUCUCCCACCCCCAAGCUCUUAUCCCCUGUGCCACCCAGUCAGUUCAAGGGCAUCCCAGACUUCACUGUGAACAUGGGGCAAGCUUCUCUAUGCCCACUGCAGGCGACCCUGUCUCUAUCAAGUCUCUCCACAGAGAGCCCAAUGAGCAUGCAGGCUAUUCCUACCCCCUCCUCUCCUUCCUGGCAUACCCCUAUAAGACCCCCUCGCCCAUCCCAGUCCACUUCUUUACCAAAACCUCAUCCACAGGGCCCAUCGCAGGAGGCAGCCUGGGCCCCCAACCCUCAGCCAACACAGCAGAGACCAGCACUAGUGGCCCCCAACCCACAGCCAUCACAGCAGAGACCAGCACCAGUGGCCCCCAACCCACAGCCAUUACAGCAGAGAACAGCACCAGUGGCCCCUAACCCUCAGCCAUCACAGCAGAGACCAGCACCAGUGGCCCCCAACCCACAGCCAUCACAGCAGAGACCAGCACCAGUGGCCCCCAACCCUCAGCCAACACAGCAGAGACCAGCACCAGUGGCCCCCAACCCACAGCCAACACAGCAGAGACCAGUGGCAGUGAAAGCAGUGAAAAAGGCUUCCCUUAGGUCUCCUCAUAACACCAGCACCCCUAGUGGUGACACUGGCAACAACAAGGUCACAACCGGCAGCACUGAGAAUAGAAAGAGUGUACCCAUAGCACCACCCACUGCUACUACUAAACCCAUAGCACCACCCACUGCUACUACUAAACCCAUAGCACCACCCACUGCUACUACUAAACCCAUAGCACCACCCACUGCUACUACUAAACCCAUAGCACCACCGACUGCUACUACUAAACCCAUAGCACCACCCACUGCUACUACUAAACCCAUAGCACCACCCACUGCUACUACUAAACCCAUAGCACCACCCACUGCUACUACUAAACCCAUAGCACCACCCACUGCUACUACUAAACCCAUAGCACCACCCACUGCUACUACUAAACCCAUAGCACCACCCACUGCUACUACUAAACCCAUAGCACCACCCACUGCUACUACUAAACCCAUAGCACCACCCACUGCUACUACUAAACCCAUAGCACCACCCACUGCUACUACUAAACCCAUAGCACCACCCACUGCUACUACUAAACCCAUAGCACCACCCACUGCUACUACUAAACCCAUAGCACCACCCACUGCUACUACUAAACCCAUAGCACCACCCACUGCUACUACUAAACCCAUAGCACCACCCACUGCUACUACUAAACCAGCGAGGAGGCUUAGAGAGCCAAUUAAGGUUAGGAGACCUGACGGAACACCUAUUAGUUAUGAUGAACUGAAGGCUGGACUUCCAGAGACAGAGAAAACCAGCACCCCUAGUGGUGACACUGGCAACAGGAACAAGGGCACAACCAGCAGCACUGAGAAUAAAGACAAACCCUCUGGUUCUCUCAAAGUGCCUCCAAACUUUGUGCUCUCUAAAAAGAUUCUGAAAAAGAUUGAGCAUAGGAUGGAGUAUGUGAAGAAGCAGGAGAGUCUGCCUCCCGCUCCCACCCCCCUGAGGCAGGCUGCAGUCAGGGCAGCUCUGAACGGAGUGGUUCCACACCUUAAGCCUGCUCACAGAGAGGCCAAGGCCCAGAAAGGCAAGACCUCAAAGUCAGACGAUGACUUCAACACUGCUGCCCAGACAAUACAGCCAGCAUGCCAGCCACAAAACAACCCAGAGCCUGCUAGCAAACCAGACAAACCACCUGGAACUUUAGCAGCACCCGUCCCAAACAACUUCUCCUUUUCUCUGGGGACUACCACACCUUCAGCACAAACCCAGAAAGAGAAACCGUCUAAAACCCAACCUCAGGCUCAGACUAAAGCAGCCCCUGAGGCUCAGGGGGCUGGUAGCACCCCGAGUGGUGGCACCACGAGCGGCACCGGUAAACCAGCGGGAACAGGAAGCAGCAGCCGGCUCACCUUCUCUCCCUACUCUGUGUGCGGGCGUUUCCAGGCUGCCAGACUGAGGCUGAAGCAGAUGAGAGAGGACAGGUCCAGGGCUCAGCCAGCAGAGGGCAGCAGAGAGGACAGGUCCAGGGCUCAGCCAGCAGAGGGCAGCAGAGAGGACAGGUCCAGGGCUCAGCCAGCAGAGGGCAGCAGAGAGGACAGGUCCAGGGCUCAGCCAGCAGACGGCAGCAGAGAGGACAGGUCCAGGGCUCAGCCAGCAGACGGCAGCAGAGAGAACCAGCUCUCUACAGAGCUACUCAGAGCUUCACCUCGAGCUCCAGCUCAACCUCUCACACCAACACCAGCUUCAGCACCACCACGACCCCUCACACCAACACCAGCUUCAGCACCACCACGACCCCUCACACCAACACCAGCCCUAAGCCGAUAUCGAGGCCCUAUCACCACCAAGCAGGGACAGAAGCUCUCAAGAGGACAGGCAGAAGCCAGAGCCACUACAGAGAGCAAUAAACAGCCAGAGCCCAAACCCUCUACAGAGGAAGCAUCAGGAUUCACUAUGACACACUACACUGACUGGCACCUGUCCAAUGCCCAGUGGCCCAUGUUCGACGAGGCAACACAGCUGAUGGAGAGGUUUCAGAAGUACUCUAAUGAGUUCCAUUAUCCUGAUGGCUUCUCUACGUUCAGCAUGUCUACAACACUGGGCAGCAAGGUGACGCUGAGGGAGGUGGCUGAUCCUACAGAGGUAGACACAGCCUUCGAGGAGUGGUACAGUGGCAUGAACCCCUUCACACCUAAAACUACUAACCCCUCCACAGCUACUACUACUACUACUAACCCUCCACAGCUACUACUGCUGCCAUACCCACUACCCAGUUACUACAAGCCUCAGACCACAAACCCACUGCAGACCCCACAGCACCUAAAGUGUCCAACCCCCCAGCCUCUCCACCCAGGUCCAGGAAGAAACAGAAACAAGCAGUGUCUCAGUCCAAGAAUAAAGAGGAGGAAAUGGAGGAUAUCCCACCAGCCUCUCCUCUGUCUCCCAACUGCCCUCCCCGCCCAUCAGGCCGCUGGCACCCGUUCAUGGUGGACAAAUUCUGCUCGCGUCAUGCCCGCUGCCAGCACCGUGCCACUAAUUCAGCGCUGCCACCCAACGUCACCAAGUGGUUGAACGUGAGCAGAAACUACCUGUGCGAGCCUCCCUGGGUCACCACGGCAACCCUAGCCGCCUCCCUAGCGCUGCGAGAGCGAGGAGAGACGCACCAGUGACAACACAUGCUCAUUCACCAAUAUUGGAGUCACACUAGCUAUGUGUUUAGGAAAUAUUUAUACUACAUGAAACUGAUCUUCAAAAUAAAGCAUGGAUUAAAUAAUCUAAUUGAGUAAUAUAGUAAUGUUAAAUUACCUGUUAAAGUACACUUCAAAUUAUAAAGUAGACCACAAGUCAGAAAAAGAUUUUAAUAUUUUAAAUGUCAAAUUGUUGAUAAUCUUACAGAAACAAACAUUUGUAUUUUCCAGAUCAAUUAGAUUACAAACCAUUGAGGGAGGGGGGGCAAGAAAUUAAACCAAACAUUUAACAAAUACUUUUACAGCAAUUCUUUGUCAGUUGCUAGGAGACGAGGCCAGGGCAUUGAAAUAGACUUCUGUGAGCACUACAGAGUAAAAAAAAAAAAAUACCUCAGAG